UUGAACUUUUUGAGGGGGGCUGGGUCCAUACCGAGUGCUGUAAUUUGCCCACGGACACAUAUUGAUUGUGGCUUAGAAAACCUUGUAAAAGAGCAUCAAAGUAUCAAUCUGUUCAGACACAAGCCCCGAGCAUCUUUUUUCUGGACCUUUUCAGAGCUCUGCCGCGGGAGUCCGGGCCGGAGCGAUGGCCUCGCCCCCGCAGGAGCGUGCCCGCGGCCCGGCGCAGGGAGCGGGGCUCCCGCAGCAGGAGCUCAGCUCCUCCGCCGUCAACCGCAUCUUAAUGGAGUUCUUGUUUUACUUCGGCCGAGCCUUUUUUGUCUUCUACCCGGUGUAUCUGACAGGGUACAUGGGCCUCAGUGUCAGCUGGGUGCUGCUGUGCAUGGUGAUGAUGACAUGGUGGAAGAAAAACCGCCAGUGGAAAGGCGCCCGGAUCGAGUCAGCCAUCGAUUUUGUGGACAACGAGACGCAUGUGAUCAACACGGAGCUGAAGAGCGCCCUACAGAUGGCCUCCUGGGUGCAUUUCACUGAGGUUGAGAAAGUUCACUGGGUUAACAAGGUGUUGGAACAGGUGUGGCCUUUCUUUGGGAUGUAUAUGGAGAAGCUGCUGAAGGAAAACAUCCAACCGACCAUCAGAGUCUCCAGCCAUGCGCUCAGAAUGUUCAAAUUCACCAAGAUUCACUUUGGCCACAAACCUCUCAGGAUCACUGGAAUCAAAGUUUACACCCAUGAAGUGGAUCAGAGGGAGGUGAUUCUGGACUUGAAUAUAGAUUAUGAUGGCGAUGUGGACAUUGAUGCUGACGUGAACCCGCCGAUCACAGCUGGAGUGAAAGGGCUGAAACUCCAGGGGAUGUUGAGGGUCAUUUUAGAACCUCUUAUUGGUCAAACACCACUUGUUGGAGGAGUGACCAUUUUCUUCAUUCGCCGUCCAACCCUGCAGAUCAACUGGACUGGUGUGACCAACCUUUUGGACAGCCCUGGCUUCAGUUCACUGUCUGAGGACACUAUCAUGGACAUCAUUGCUUCUCUCAUGGUGUUACCCAACCGCAUGUGUAUUCCUCUCAUAGACCAGGUCAAAAUGGAUCAGAUGAGGUUCCCACUUCCCCGUGGGGUGGUGAGGGUCCAUGUCUUGGAAGCAAAAGAACUGGUAGCCAAGGAUACAUUCAUGAUGGGCUUGGUGAAGGGCAAAUCCGACCCUUAUGUGACACUCAGGGUCGGCAACCGACACCACAAAACCAGAACCAUCAAAGAGAGUCUGGACCCUACAUGGAAUGAAGUGUAUGAGUUUGUGGUUCAUGAAGCACCAGGGCAAGAGCUGGAGGUGGAGCUGUAUGAUGAGGACACGGAUAAAGAUGACUUCCUAGGAAGAUACCACCUUGAUUUAGGAGAAGUGAAAAAGGACAAAGAAAUGGACAAGUGGUUUUGUCUGGAGGGGGUUCAGCAUGGUGAAGUUCAUCUCAAGCUCCAGUGGCUUUCCCUUCAGGCCAACUCCAAUCUGCUGAAAGAGUCCAACGACGGCCUUGCUUGUGCCAUGCUUGCUGUGUAUUUGGACAGCGCUUCGAAUCUACCAAGAGACCACAGUGAGAUUACAACGCAUCAAAAACAUGGGAAACACGCAAAGGAGUCACGGCUCACAAAGAAGAAAUCUGGUCCCAACUCCAUGGUGGAAUUAUCCAUUGGUGAUGAAGUUCAGAAAAGCAAGGUUGCGUUUGCAUCCAAAGACCCAGCGUGGGAGGAAGGCUUUACCUUCUUUGUGCAGGAUGUCAAUACGCAGCAGCUCGUCAUUCAGGUCAAAGAACAAGAAAAGAAGACUCAGCUGGGUGUUCUCACAUUAUCCCUGCAUCGCCUCCUCAACACCUCCAACAUGACUUUAGACCAGCGCUUCAUGCUGGAGCGCUCUGGAGCAAACAGCCAGAUCAAGCUGAAGGCCACUCUUAGGGUUCUCACUGUGGAUGAGCCGCCACCCAAAAUCAUAAUUACUCCAUCCGCUGAAAUCAAACAGCCACCACAGGCCGAAGACGGCGGAAGCUCCCCCAUGUCCACUCCCCUCUCAGAGGCAGUUUCCUCCAACACUAUUCCUGCCGUCCCCUCUCCAGUCCAACCAGCUGAUUUGCUGAAAGGAUCAAGUGAAAAUUAUUCAGGUCAGCGCCGUGGCUCUUUUCUGGCUUCAGAUACCAGGAAGUUGUCUUUAGCUUCAAACAUGCGCCGGUAUGACUCUCACAGCCUACUGUCAGAUAACUCCAUUGCGUCGUCAUGUUUGGACAUCUCAGAUGGAGCUUCCUACCCAGCGGCUAUUAGGAACCAUCAGGGCUCAUUUGGAGACAUCAAUCUGACCAUACGCUAUGCCAAUCUGAGGAAAAAGCUCAUCGUCCUAGUUAAUUGUUGCAGGAACUUAUUCCCCUGCAGCCCAAAUGGCACCGACUCUUACGUGCGCAUGUAUUUACUUCCUGAUCAGUCCUGGAGACACCGCAAGAAGACACAAGUCAAGAGAAGGACGGUCAGUCCUACUUUCAAUGAGAAGUUGGAAUUUGAUGCAUCCAUUGAGGAAGCAAAGACUAGGAAGUUGGAUGUAGCAGUGAAAAAUAACAGGAUGUUUCAUACGAGAGAGAGAAAGGACAUUGGCAUGGUGGUGAUUAAUCUCUCAGAGCUGGAUCUGGUCAAAGGCGUGACAGAAUGGUAUGAGCUCACACUGCCGGGGCUGAGGAAAUUCACCUAGCAGGUGGAGAUCAUUUGUAACAUAGUUCAAAUGUUAUGCUUGGAGAACUGCAUGUUCCUCAGUCCUCCUCAUCUGAGGACUAGAGUCCAUAUCCAACCCCAUGAAGGCUGGCCAUGACUUUCUCUUAGGAGCAGAGGCACAUAUACAGUAUUGAAGUGCAUCAUGUCUUUCAUGAAGAUAUUCUACUCUGAAACGUUAGCCUUUGUUUCUAUUUAUUGCUGCAUAUUUGCAUUGACGGUAGAAAUUGUGACCCUUGGUAACAAAGCCAUUUCAUUUCGGAUCUUUUU